AUGUUUUAGAAAUCAAUUAAAAAAAACGAAUUAAUUAUGUUAUUGUUAUUUUUACUCGUUCUGAGUGCUCAUGCAGAUUUGCCAGUGCAUUGUGUUCGUCAUCAAAUUGUAGGUAAAUGGCAAUUACAGUUUACAGAACCUUAAAUUAAAGGAAGUGGACCAUUGACAUGUGGUCAUAAUGUACCAGAUAAUGAACGCACAUCACAAUUUGCAGGAUAAAAUACCUUUCAAUAGGCAUUUACACAUGAAGUUGUAUUGACUGCUAAGAAUAAUGUGGUCUUAAAGAAGAAAUUGUAAGGCAAAUGGACAAUGGUAUAUGAUGAAGGAUUCGAAGUAGAUUUCAUGCAUUAUAAAUGCUUUGCCUUUUCAAAAUACAAGACAAACUAUUCUGGAGCUUAUUCAUAUUGUGGGGAAACCUUGGUUGGGUGGUAUUAGAAUACUAAGACGAAUGAGAGAGGAUGUUAUAGAGCAUAAAAAAUAGAGAAGACUCAUAAAGUAUCAGAAGGUGCUAAUAAUGGACAUGUUGUGCAACCUUAGUUCUUUUAAUAUUAGAAUACAGGAAUGAACAAAGUUUGGUCUAGAAUUGAUGCCUUGAAUUUCGUAGAGUAGAUCAAUAGAGCAUAGUUACAAUGGAAGGCUAAGGCAUACGGUGAGAUAAUCGGUUUGACAACGAAGCAGUUGAAUAAAUACGCAGGAAGAAAAAAGCAUUCAUCAACUAUUUUACUGGAGAAAUAAAAAAAAAAAUAAUAAAUAUUAGAAUAUGAUUUAAAUCAUUUACCUAAGGAAUUCUCAUGGGAAAAAUAUUUGGGCAAGAAAAUAUAUGAAUAAAAGGGAUGUGGAUCAUGUUAUACUAUUUCAACCAUGACUAUGUUAUCUGCUAGAUUGAAGAUUAAAGGUUUGAAAGCAGACUUAUCACCUUAACAAUCCAUUGAUUGCAAUUAUUAUAAUUAAGGUUGCGACGGUGGUUAUCCAUUUCUGGUAGAGAAGUACCUCACUGAGUUGGAUGGAUUGAUCUAUGAAGAGAAGGAAUACCCUUACAAAGGAUAGGUAGGUGAGUGCAAAGCAAUUGAGAAAAAGAAAAAAUACAGGGUUCUCAAUUAUAGAUUCGUUGGGGGAGCUUAUGGUAAAUCUAAUGAGUUGAAUAUAAUGGAGGAGAUCUAUAAUAAUGGACCUGUGGUUUUGAAUUUCGAACCAUCCUUUGAUUUCAUGUUCUAUGUGGGGGGAAUCUUCCAUUCCACUACUCCAGACUGGAUUAUCAAUGGAUUAGCAAAACCAGAAUGGGAAAAAGUUGAUCAUUCAGUACUGUGUUAUGGUUGGGGAGAAGAGAAUGGAGUUAAAUAUUGGUUACUUUAGAAUAGUUGGGGUAAAUAGUGGGGAGAGAAUGGUAGAUUUCGUAUGAAAAGAGGAUAAGAUGAAUCAUCAAUCGAGAGUAUGGCAGAAGCAGCAGAUGUCGAGAUUAUCGAGGAUUCUUGA